UGCCUCACGUCGUGAGAGAAAAUGUUGCUUUACAGCUAUACUCAUAUCGUCAACCUGCAGCUUUGAAUUGAACGUUUUAGCUUCGUUUAGUAUCGUUCAUCUCCGCCACACAUCAUUUCAGAAAUAAAACAAUUAUAAAAACGUGAUGACGACACAGUCACAGACGAAAGAUUUUUCUAGCAGGGUCUUAUAAGAUAAGUGAGUCUUGAAACAAGAAUAUUACUUCCAUAAAUGAUGGAUUCGUUGUUAAAAGAAGACGGUUUUUUGAACUGGCUGAAAAGUCAUAUGGCAAUGAAUUUGACAAAACAGGGAAUAGAAUCCACUUUGGAAGACGAUUUAAAUAAGUUCAUCCAAACAGUCCUCACAAAACACAAGAUAAAUAAAAGCUCCAUUUGCAACUCAUGUACGACUGAACUUAUUUUGAGCUGUCCAACGAACAACUUUUGUGUCAAGGGACGUCAAAAUAGAUGUGUUUACCAUAGUUCAACGAUUCAAGGAGAGGUACCUGGAAGAAAAUGUGCAAAGGACAUAUGCCAUCAUAUCCGAGACGAAUUACGAAAACAGCACAGGCAGACACCUAAUUGGAAAAGUACAGACGCAACAAGAUGGUGCACCGACUUAGUCGAAAUAGCGAAAUGUUUUGUGCCUCCUACAAACCGUUACAAAAAUGCCAAGAGCCUUAAAGAUGUGGAUUUUAAUGGGUUUCUUUCCAUACUUAUAUGUAAGAAAAGUUUUGGACGCACAAUGCCAAAUCUGCUCAGUGAGAAAGUAAAUAAGGUCACAAAGGUGCGUGAUAUGGGCAAUGAUAUUAGACAUUCUGGAGAUUUGAUUGUUUCACGAACAAACCUAGAAACUUAUAUUGACAGUUUGAUAAGUCUUCUUUCCGAUGCUGAAUGUUUGGCUCAUAACAAAACAGCACAAGAAGCAGUGAAACAGCUUAACUUGCUGAAGAAGAAUGAAAUAACUGUUCAUGUGGUAGAUCUAAAUAAAGCGUUAGAGACCGCCAGUGAAGAAAUAGAUUCUUCCACUGGAAAUGAAAAAGAAAUGCAGAAUAAAGAAGAUGCGAUGCAGAUACCGCGUAAAUUGAUAAACGACAUUAAAUCGGAGGUAGCCAACAAAGAAACUCUACCACUUGCACAACUAGAUUACAUAGUCACAAUAAAGUUACAGGCUCUAAUAAAAAUGAAGGAAGAAAUUAAAAGUGAAGUAGUCGAUGAAAUUCUCCAAAAGGGAAUUGCAAACGAUUUUCCUCAGCAAGCCUAUGGUUUUGAUAUACUUUCCUGUUUGAAAUACAAACGCCUUUGUAAAAGGUUACGCCGUGAUUUGGUAAAAGUUUACAGACGUUCCCAAGGAACAUUACCUAUCUCUCCGUUGAUAAUAGAAAAUGAUGUUCCGCUUGAAGAGGUUUACGUGCAGCCAACAAUCAGAUCUAUAGAAAUAACAAAUGCAUUCCUAGAUGCAAAUAAUUCUACAUCUAAACAUGAAAUAUGUUCAUACAAAGAUCUAUUCCUUUCCGGUAAACAACCGUAUACGGAAAUUUAUGUCAUUGCAAAGGCGGGGAUCGGAAAGACCUCAUUUGUAAAAAAGGUUUGCUUGACAUGGUGCCAGGCACAUUUACCGGUUAUUAAGUCAGCAAGUCAAACGGAAGAUUUUACAACUUUGAAGAUGUUUGAUUUAUUGUUUUUUAUAUCUUUAAAAGAAACAGAUACAAAUGAGUGCCAUAUCAAUAAAAUGAUAUACCACAUGUUGCAAAAAAACAUGCCUUUCCCUAACAUUUACAGCAGAAGAUUUUUGGACAAAUUAUUGCUCGAAAAGAAUGUGUUGAUUAUACUUGAUGGGUUGGAUGAAUGGAUGCAUCCAGAAAACUGCGAACACAAGGGUGAUGUUAUUCCCCAUCGACGACAUUGGCCAAACUGUACAAUCCUCACUACAACACGUCCAUGGAAACUUUAUUCAUCAAAAAUUCAAAACAGUCAAAUCGAUAUGCUAUAUGAGCUUCUUGAAUUUGACGAGACAAAAUCAAACCAGUUAUUAGCUUCGGCCGUAAAGCUAUUUAAUAGAGCGUAUAGGACUUCAAAAAAAGUAGAAGACUUUCGAACCGCUGUGUCAUCUACAAAAAUUGAUGCUUUAAUGUCCAUACCUUACAUAUUUUUACAAUUGAUUUGCCUAUGGUUCGACGACUAUACAAUAGGAAAUUCUCAAUGUCAGAUCUAUAGCAACACUAUAGAACUUAAUCUUGCUCGAGGUAAGAGUUUUACAGACGUGACUGUCACAGAAACUGCCUCAAAUGAAAGUGUAAAUCAUCUUGUAUGUUUUUCAGCAAAUAAAGAGUGUUUGCAUUACUAUCAGCAACUUCUAAGGCUUGGGAAAUUAGCAUUUGAAACACUUACCAGUGGGAGAAACGAAUCAGCACUUAUAUUUGAGGACCAUAUUGUGGACAAAUUUAUCUCAACCGAUGAGCAAAGCCUUUUCCUUAACAAAGGAUUGUUAUCUCAGAAUAAAGACUAUACAAAGAUUUCAGGUAGGAAAAGUAACUUUUCGUUUCAGCAUAAAACCAUUCAAGAGUAUUUCGCUGCACUGUAUAUUCAGGCGAGUCCAUACAAUCUAGAUUUAAAAAAGAGUCUUCUUACGGAGUACAGUACAUUGGAAUCCAUUUUGCAGCUGUCAAAUAUGUUUGUAUUCCUGGGUGGCUUUAGUCCUGUGGCUUAUGAGAAUAUUGCAGAUUUACAGAGGUCUAUAAUGUCAACAGACGAAACAAUAAGUCGCUACAGGUGCCGCUUAUCUGGAAGAACGUCAUUACCAGAGUAUCGAAAAUGUUGGGAAGUUGUAAAGUCGUUUCAGUCUAUGCAGACUGAUAUCUUACAAGAAAUGUUGAGAAACAAUCAUCGAGACUUUGACUUAUAUCUAGAGGAUAUUGUAUUAGAUAAUUCAAUUACUAACAAAAGGUUCAAAACACUUGUAAAGAUCAUCCGGAAAAAUACAGAUAAUAUCAAAUCAUUAAGUAUAGAGCAAAGUAGGUCAACAAAAGAAGUGUCAGAUAGACUCUUAAAAAUUGAUCUUCCAAAUUUGAAAUGCCUUCAGAAGAUAGAAGUUAUUGCUACGCCACCAAAACAUGAUCUUGAACAAUUAUUGACAAACUCUGAGAAAUCAUUAAAAUGCCUCGACUUAUGUUUUGCAAACUUUAUCGAUGGACAAUACCGCACAAAGUAUACAAAACUUCCUCGUGAAAUUAUAAGAACAGUAUUUGGCAUGGAUCUUUUGACGUCAUUACGCCUAAAUAGCAUUCGUUUAUCUCAUACAGACAUUCAAGAUUUACUUGCUCACAUAAAUGGAAAGUCAGAAAUGACAGAGGUUGGGUUGUGUCAUAUUGAAUGUGAAGAUUCGGACCACAGCGGAGAAUGUGGCGUAUUAGAUCUUUCAAGACAUAAGAAUCUGCAGACGUUACGGCUUGGCACCAUACCUAUCUCAACACUAAGAGUCAAUCCUUCUGUUUUAAACAUGUGUUAUACUGGAAGACUUUCAACCAAUGUUCACAAGGAAUUGGAAGGCAGUCUGCCAAAUGCAGCAAAUCUUGACACGCUACGCUUAAAGUACCUUUCAAAAGAACAGGUAUCCCUCUACGCGGCGGGAUCCCUUACAAAGUUGACGCAAAUAAAAAGUUUUGCAAUUGAAUAUGCUGAUUUUGGUGGUAGAAAAUUCGUCUUAGCUCCUGAAAUGAGAAGUAUUGAACGUGUACAUCUUUACGAGGUAACAUUAACCACUCCGGCACUUGAAGAGUUAAUUCGUAGCGUCGAUAACCUUUCUAAAGCCGUUCUUAUUAUCAUAGAAAGUUGCGAUAUUAUACCUUCAUGCUGCUUAACAUACCAUAUGAUAACAAACAAGAUCAGAAAGUCCACCAAGUAUAGGGUAAGGUUCGACAGCAAGAAAAAGUUUUCAUUCGAAACAGGAUACGCAAAUUUCGAAGCAAAGGACGCUUGGGUCAGUGGGCUGUUUAUGGUAGCUGGACUGGUUGGUGCUAUCCUCGGAGUCUUAGCUAUGUUUCUUUUUGUUUUCCAAUGAACAGUUUGAUUUAUUGUGCUGCUCUUAUUCUAGAUUUAUUUGUUAAACCUUUCAGUCGGUGUACAUACAUAUUUAAAUAGUUUGUAUGAAGUUUUCUGAAAAUAAAUACAUUUUUGAAAAA